CGAAGUUGAAAUGUAUCAAAGAAAAGCCGCUUCUUUCGAAGGUGUCGUAUUUCUAAAACAUUGUAUGAAUUAUCAAUUGAACUUUGCUUGAGUCUAAUUUUUGAAAAAGAAUGUUUAAGGAUACGCCCCCUUCCCCUCUUUUUUCAUCUUGUUAUCAAUGCAGAGUCCACGUCCGAUGAAUCUCAACUUUAUAGAAGAGCAAAAAAGAAAAUCGAUGUAUUUUUGCUCAGAAUUUUAUGACAUGAUCUUCUAUGGAUUUCUGGAAAACUCUAGUUUUCAUUCAGUCACAUUAUGAUCCCUCGAAAAAAUGGUCCGAUCGGGUCGAAAUCUUUACCAUAGAUACUCCAGAUCCUAUCUCAGAAUAAAAAUUAAUUAAAAAAGAGGAAGACGAGAGGUACCCUUAAACCACAAAAUAAGAUGUUGUCCAACUCUCUAAGUUAUGUUUUUGAAGAGCUAUACAUUUUUCGCAUAGCGUCCGACUCACCCCAAAGUUGACUGUUACGGGGUAUGAUCGAUCUGUUGAUUAAUUGUUAAAUUCAUUAAUUUGAAGUUUUUUUUCUGAAAAUUUUUUGAAACAAUAAAUAAUCAUUUUUUGUUCAAUCUACCUUUUCUCUAAAAAUAACAGAAGAAAAAAACCGAUAGAUCACAUUUUUAAGCACCUUUCGAGUAUUCUUUCUUUUUAUAUUACUUAAUAGUAAACAUGCACUUUUAACUGAUGUUGCCAUUAAUAGAAGAAUAUAUAUUGUGUCAUCGAUUAAAUAUUUCUUCUUUUAAGAUGAUGCCAAUCUAUGUCAGCAAGUUUUAAUGAUAGACUAUAUUUCUCUAUAAUUUCUUCUUCUUGUGUUCGUUCUUCACCGGUUGAUGAGUAUCUAUCAUUAAUUCUAUACUUGUAUUUCUACUGUCACAGUUCUAUUUACAUUUAGUUCUUUUCUCUUAUUUAUUCUUCGGGUUUGUUUUUUUUCUCAUGCAUAACAAAAAAUACUUAUUUGAUAUUCAGUAUAACAGAAGUUUGUACAAGUCAUAGUUGUAGUCAUUAAAAAAAGAAAAAUUCUUGUUUCUUUUUUUUCCCAUUAGAUAAUAUAUUAAUUCUAUAUGAAUCUGAAUAUAAUUCGGACAAUACAUUGUAUAUUUUGUUAUUUGAUACGAAAUAAAAUAUUUUUUUUUUUUUGAUAUUUUUCUUCUAGAUCUAGACAAAUUUCAAUGAAAAAAGAAUGACUGAUAAUAAAUCAAAACUUCUUCAAUUAUGGACAUAUAUCUCGUUAAUAUUAAUGAUUAUUUUAUGUUUAAUAACAAUUGUUAUUAGUUCAAUUAGUUUUCGUUUAAUUCUUCAUUCAUUUGAACGUUCAACAAUUACUAUAGCAGCUGAUAUUGCUGAUAUUUUACUUGUAAUCAUGUGUUUAUGUCAAAUAUUUACAUCACUUAUUGUUUUAUAUGCCAAUUAUUCUUAUCAACUUAAUCUAUUUAUUCCAUGGAUUUUUUCAACAUUAUUUUUAAUCGUUUUUGAAUUAUUUCAUGUUACCUAUGGUAAUAUUGUCAUUUAUAAUCAAUUAAAAUUAAAUUAUUUUCUAAAUCGUCUUGUCCUAUUCGAUAUUAGUUUUUAUAUCUUAAAAACGAUUAUAUAUUUUUUAACAUUAGUUGUUAUUAUUAGUAGAUAUAAACAACUCGUAUACACAUUAAAUGAUGAUGAAACAGAGAUUAUGUUGUGA